GCUCGGACACUCGUCCGGCAACGAGAAGCAGAAGAUGAACUUCUCACAGUGACUCAGCUGGAUCACGCUGCGCUCCAUCUCCUCCUCUCACUCCUCUCACUCCUCCUCCUCUCACUCCUCCUCCUCUCACUCCUCCUCCAACUCCUCCUCCUACUCUGACUUCUUCUUUCACUCCUCUUCCUCCUCUUCUUCCUCCUCUGUCCUUUAAUUGUCUCUUCCGGCCUCAGCUCCUCUAAAACCCUCUUGUCCUCGCUUGGCUUGGUCUCUUGUCUUUCUUCUUCUCCGUCUGACGGUUUUACUUCCGGUUCUUCUGUGUCUCACCUGGUUGCCAGGUGACCACCUGUUGACACCACAGCUCCAGCCUAUCACGGGGCAGGACAGACGUCAUGUGACCUGGCUCACCUGUAGCUCCUGAAGAGACUGAAGUCAAGUACAUAAUAGUGUUCACACGGAGCUCAUAGGAACCUUCCUGUUGUGACUGCGGUUGUCAGUCGGAACAGUUUGAACGGGACACCGUAGCGACAACUCUGAAGCAGCCGCUUAGCUGAAGCUCCGCGAGGAAGAUGAGCACCAAACAGGUGACCUGCAGGUACUUCCUCCACGGUGUGUGCAGGGAGGGAAGUCGCUGUUUGUUCUCUCAUGACCUGAGCAACAGUAAACCAUCGACCAUCUGCAAGUUCUACCUGAGAGGAACCUGCGCCUACGGAGACCGCUGCAGGUAUGAUCACAUCAAACCCUCAUUCAGAGGUGGAGGGGGAGGAGCUGGAGAGGAUCAGGCAGGUGGAGGAGGAGCUGGAGGCGGAGCUUCAGUCAGAGGUGGAGUGAAGAAGAACGUUGUCCUGAGAGACGGAGCUCUGGGUGUAGACCGGAGUUUCAUGGGUCCACCAGAGAGUUUGUGGUCAGACGUCUCGGCGGCUGCAGCUCCUCAGACGUAUGUGGACGCCAUCAGGACAGGUUUGGACGGAUCUGUGCAGGAACAAGCCACUCCCCCAGUGGGUGGGACUUCCCAGGACCUCCCCCAGCUGUGUCCCUACACUGCUGCCGGACACUGUCACUAUGAAGACAAAUGUACGUAUCUUCAUGGUGACCUGUGUGACAUAUGUGGGCUGCAGGUGCUCCACCCCCAUGACCCCGAGCAGAGGAGAGCGCAUGAGAAGAUGUGUCUCCUGGCCUUUGAGACGGACAUGGAGAAGGCGUUUGCAGCUCAGCGCAGUCAGGACAAGGUGUGUUCCAUCUGCAUGGAGGUGGUGGUACAGAAGGCCAUCCCGUCAGAGCGCAGGUUCGGGAUUCUGUCGUCCUGCUGUCACACCUUCUGUCUGACCUGCAUCAGGAAGUGGCGCUGCACCAGAAACUUCAGCAACGUCAUCAUCAAGUCGUGUCCGGAGUGUCGGGUGGUCUCAGAGUUCGUCAUCCCGUCAGUCUACUGGGUGGAGGACCAGGAGGACAAAGACCACCUCAUAGACCUCUUCAAGUCUGGAGUCAGUAAGAAGGCCUGUAAGUACUUCGACCAGGGCCGGGGCUCCUGUCCCUUCGGUGGGAAGUGUUUGUAUCUUCACGCCUUCCAGGACGGAACCAGAGCAGAACCCGAGGCACCGCGGAAACAGCUGAGCUCCGAGGGGAACGUCCGGGUAGGAGCCACAGCUGUAGUCCAUCAGCUCAGUGCUGCUGGGCUUUGUAGUUCUUCAACAUGUUUGUGUUUGUUUUGUAGUUCAUCAACAUGUUUGUGUUUGUUUUGUAGUUCAUCAACAUGUUUGUUUUGUAGUUCAUCAACAUGUUUGUUUUGUAGUUCAUCAACAUGUUUGUUUUGUAGUUCAUCAACAUGUUUGUGUUUGUUUUGUAGUUCAUCAACAUGUUUGUUUUGUAGUUCAUGAACAUGUUUGUGUUUGUUUUGUAGUUCAUAAACAUGUUUGUGUUUGUUUUGUAGUUCAUGAACAUGUUUGUGUUUGUUUUGUAGUUCAUGAACAUGUUUGUGUUUGUUUUGUAGUUCAUCAACAUGUUUGUUUUGUAGUUCAUCAACAUGUUUGUGUUUGUUUUGUAGUUC